AUGGCUUCGUUGGAUGAUAUCUUGGCUGCGAUAAAUAAGCAAAGCAAAGAUAUGCGAGAUAUUAAAGACGAGUUAGGUGGAAAGAUGGAUAGCAUGACAUCUCGUGUGGAUCAGCAAGGUCGAGAGAUACAUGACCUACGGAGUCAAGUUGAUCAUGUUCGAGAUGACAUAGAUGAUGUUGUGGAUGCUCGGAUGAAGGCUUAUGCGGAGGCCUUGUUAAGGAAGGUUGAUCAAAACAUGGAAAAGAAACUCGAUGAGGUUUUCGAUAAGGUUGCUACUCUUGAAGAAAGGGGAAGUCAUAGUGAUGCUAGACGUGAAGAAAUCCACCUUGGCAAGCAACCUAUGGGCUCAACAAGUGUUUUCCCAAAUCGAUCUAUCCAAGUUGAUGAUUUUGGCGAAAGGCGUCAUACUAGUCCAAGGCCUACAUCUAUCCAAGGCCGACGAGGAAGACGGGAUGCUACCAAAGAGUUACUUGAUGAAUUUGACUUGGAAGAAGAUAUCCAUAACCGAAGGAGCCGAGUUCGAGUUAAUGAGGUUGAUGAUAACAUGCAGUCCAUCAAGUUCUCCAUACCACCUUUCGUAGGAUCGGCUGAACCUAAUGAGUUUCUUGAGUGGAAAAGCAAAGUGGAGAUGAUGUUUGCAUGUCAUAAUUACUCGGAGCGCAAGAAAAUUCAGCUUGCUGUUGUGGAGUUUAAGGAGUAUGCUCUUGUUUGGUGGGAGAAGAUACAAGCUGAUAUUGCAAGGUCCGGAAUGCCUCCGAUUGAGACAUGGGCAGCCCUUACUCGAGCUAUGCAUGCACGUUUUGUGCCCCCGCAUUAUCGGAUGGAUCUUCUUCAGAAAAUUCAGUUUUUAGUCCAAGGUAGCAAGACAGUUGAGCAGUACUACAAGGAAAUGGAGAUGCUUAUGAUGCGGGCUCAGCUUGUGGAAGAUGAUGGAGUCACCAUGUAUCGGUUUCUCAAGGGGCUGAGGCGUGAUAUUAUGAUUCAAGUGGAUAUGUAUCCUUACAAUUCUACUUUGGAACUUGUCCAACUUGCUACCAAGAUUGAAUCGCAUGGAAAGGUAGGAGUAAGUGUGAGCUUUGGAAAGACGUCACCAAAUUUCAACAAGUUUGGGGGUAAUACGGGACCAACAAAAUCUUGGCCCAAAGGAGAUGAUAAGCACACGACCAAGAAUGAGCCGCUUAAGGUGGUUAAGCGUGAUGAACCAAGGAAAGUCAGCAAGGAUGGUUCACCAAACAAAGCAAAGGAAGUCACAUGCUUUAAGUGUCAAAGGAAAGGUCAUUAUGCCAAUACAUGCCCUAAUGUGCGAACUGUUGUGCUUUGUGACAAUGGGGACUAUGUACUUUUGUCGGAUGAUGAGGGUGAAGAUUGGGAACAUGAAGUUGAGGCGAGUGAGGAUGAAGCAAUCCAAGAGACGGAAGAGCACGUUGAAGAGGAUUCAUCCGGGGACUCUCUAGUGGUUUUGCGAAUGCUUGGAGCAGUUCCCAAGGAGUCGGAAAAUUUUGUUGAUCGGGUUAAGGAGCAACGGGAGAAUUUUUUCCAUUGUCGGUGCAAGAUUGGUGGGAAGCGAGCGUCGAUAAUCAUUGAUAAUGGAAGUUGCACCAAUGUCGUAAGUUGGUAUGUGGUAGACAAGCUUGGACUCCAAACUAUCAAGCAUCCAACUCCAUACCAUCUUCAAUGGAUGAACUCUAGUGGAGAUAUGAAGAUCACUAGGCAAGCCAAAGUUCCUAUUUCAAUCGGCCCCUACAAAGAGGAUGUCCUUUGUGAUGUUACUCCGAUGACCGCAUGCCAUGUGCUUCUUGGCCGACCAUGGCAAUCCGAUAAAGGAAUUAUCUAUGAUGGCAAGACUAACAAAGUUAGAUUUUAUGACAAGGGCUACAAGGUAAUGAUUCCUUCUUUGCCAUUGAAGGAGGUUCGAAAAGAUCAAGAAAGCUUGCGAAAGAAGAUGCAAGAGGCUGAAAGCCUUAAAAGAACUAAAGGAAAAGAAGUAUCCACAGAGGAAAAGAGAGAGUCUACUGCUAAGGGUUCCAACAUCCUUCUUUCACUUACCGAUUUUCAGAGAGAAGUUGGUGACCUAGAUCAUCAAAAGGGGGGUUGUUUUAUGUUGUUAUGCAAAGAUUUAUUUCAUUCUGAUAAAGAUAAUCUACUCACUAAUUUUCCCAUUCCCUUUGCUAGGAUGCUUGAAGAGAUGAAGGAUGUAUACCCGGAGGAACUACCGCAAGGACUACCGGCCAUUCGUGGGAUAGAGCAUCAAAUUGACUUCGUACCCGGUGCUUCGAUCCCAAAUCGUCCUGCAUAUCGGUGCAACCCAAAUGAGAAUAAGGAGAUUCAAAAACAAGUCCAAGAACUUCUUGAGAAGGGAUGGGUUCGGGAGAGCUUAUCACCAUGUGCUGUUCCUGUUAUCAUUGUCCCCAAGAAGGAUGGAACUUGGAGGAUGUGUGUGGAUUGCAGAGCGGUGAAUGCGAUUACAAUUAAGUAUCGACACCCAAUCCCGCGCCUUGAUGACUUGCUUGAUGAGAUCAAUGGGGCGAGAAUCUUCUCCAAGAUUGACCUUCGGAGUGGAUACCACCAGAUUCGUAUGCAACCCGGAGAUGAGUGGAAGACGGCAUUUAAAACAAAGCUAGGUUUGUACGAAUGGUUGGUUAUGCCAUUCGGUCUAACUAAUGCUCCUAGUACCUUCAUGCGUUUAAUGAAUCAUGUUCUACGUGCUUUCAUUGGUAAAUUUGUUGUAGUAUACUUUGAUGAUAUUCUUGUCUACAGUAAAAGUGAAAAUGAACAUGUGGAGCAUGUGCGACUCGUCUUUCAACGGUUAAGGGAAGAACAACUCUAUGCUAAUUUUAAAAAGUGCAUAUUCCACACUAAUGAAGUUGUUUUCCUUGGGUUUGUAGUUAGCGAGGAUGGCUUGAAGGUUGAUGAAACAAAAGUAAAGGCAAUUAAAGAAUGGACACCUCCAAUGAAUGUGGGAGAAAUUAGGAGGUUUUUGGGAAUGUGUGGAUUUUUUCGGAGGUUCGUGCCUGGUUUUAGCUUGAUCGCUGCUCCUCUCACGUCCUUGCUCAAGAAGGGAGUCCCAUUUAAAUGGGAGCAAGCACACCAAGAAGCGUUUGAGACAUUGAAGGCAAAGCUUACUCAAGCACCAGUACUUGCGCUACCAAAUUUUGAGAAGACCUUUGAGCUUGAGUGUGACGCUUCGGGCAAAGGCAUGGGUGCAGUUUUGCUUCAAGAAGGUCGACCCAUAGCCUAUCAUAGUGAGAAAUUUGGAGGGGCUGCCUUGAAUUACUCUACAUAUGACAAGGAGUUGUAUGCGGUUGUACGGGCUUUAAAGACAUGGCAACAUUAUUUGAUGCCACGAGAGUUUGUGAUACACACCGAUCAUGAGACCUUGAAGCACUUGAGGGGGCAACAACAGCUGAAUCGAAGGCACACACGAUGGGUAUCUUUUAUUGAGUCAUUUCCAUACACCAUCAAGUACAAAAAGGGUAAGGAUAAUAUUGUCGCGGAUGCACUCUCACGCAGGUAUGCUUUAAUUUCAUACGCGUCCACGCAUUUAUUAGGAUUUGAGCAUGUUAAGGAAUUAUAUGUCAUGGACCGAAUUGAUCAACUACACAAGACACGGAAUUAA